CAUGGGCCGGGCCCGGCGCUUCCAGUGGCCGCUGCUGCUGCUGUGGGCGGCCGCGGCGGGGCCAGGGGCAGGACAAGAAGUACAGACAGAGAAUGUGACAGUGGCUGAGGGUGGUGUGGCUGAGAUCACCUGCCGUCUGCACCAAUACGAUGGAUCUAUUGUUGUUAUCCAGAACCCAGCCCGGCAGACCCUCUUCUUCAAUGGCACUCGAGCCCUGAAGGACGAGCGCUUCCAGCUUGAAGAGUUCUCCCCACGCCGGGUGCGGAUCCGGCUCUCAGAUGCCCGCCUGGAGGAUGAGGGCGGCUACUUCUGCCAGCUCUACACAGAGGACACUCACCACCAGAUUGCCACGCUCACGGUGCUAGUGGCCCCGGAGAAUCCUGUGGUGGAGGUCCGGGAGCAGGCGGUGGAGGGCGGAGAGGUGGAGCUCAGCUGCCUGGUUCCUCGGUCGCGUCCCGCGGCGGUCCUGCGCUGGUACCGCGACCGCAAGGAGCUGAAAGGAGUGAGCAGCGGCCAGGAGAACGGCAAAGUCUGGAGUGUGGCGAGCACCGUGCGGUUCCGCGUGGACCGGAAGGACGACGGCGGCAUCGUCAUCUGCGAGGCGCAGAACCAGGCGCUGCCCUCGGGGCACAGCAAGCAGACGCAGUACGUGCUGGACGUGCAGUACUCCCCGACCGCCCGGAUCCACGCCUCCCAAGCCGUGGUGAGGGAGGGGGACACGCUGGUGCUGACGUGCGCCGUCACUGGCAACCCCAGGCCGAACCAGAUCCGCUGGAACCGGGGAAAUGAGUCUCUGCCUGAGAGGGCGGAGGCCGUCGGGGAGACACUCACGCUUCCGGGCCUGGUAUCCGCAGAUAACGGCACUUACACCUGCGAGGCGUCGAACAAGCACGGCCACGCGAGGGCACUCUACGUGCUGGUGGUCUAUGACCCCGGUGCGGUGGUAGAAGCCCAGACGUCAGUUCCCUACGCCAUUGUAGGCGGCAUCCUGGCACUACUGGUGUUUCUGAUCAUAUGUGUGCUAGUGGGCAUGGUGUGGUGCUCCGUGCGACAGAAGGGUUCCUAUCUGACCCAUGAGGCCAGCGGCCUGGAUGAGCAGGGAGAAGCAAGAGAAGCCUUCCUCAAUGGCAGCGAUGGGCACAAAAGGAAAGAAGAAUUCUUCAUCUGACCCCACCCCCACCCCAGGCCUGGGCCUGGGCCAGGUCCCCCCCACUGCCAGCUGCAAGGAACCAGCAAAGACAUUACCAGAGUCUGGGAUGGUGGGCUUCCCCCUCACCACUAACACCUCAGACGCUUGGGCAGGGAUGGGGGAUUGGAUGCCUGGAUCUGUGCCAGGGCCAGAAGUGAGGGAGGGCCCAGAGGUCCGGGCCCCCCGGGGGGUAGGGGCCAAAGGCCCACCCCCAAGUCCAGGGAGGCAGUAGGGAUUGGGUUGUGGGAAGAGAACUGGGGGAAAGCCAAGGCCCCUCGGCAACAGAACCAGGUCUUGUGGGGAGGGGUCAGAUUCUGGGA